AUGAAUUUUUGGCUGGAAGGGAUGAUAGCAUUUCUUGAACUUCAGAAUUCUGCCCUUGGUGUUGCAUUAUUAACACUACCUGAUGUUUUAUUAUUGGAUGAGCCAACAACUGGAGUCGAUCCAAAUGCAAGACGUCUCAUUUGGGAUAUUCUAUCAAAAAUUAGAGAAAGUGAUACUGCCUUGGUGCUCACUUCACAUAAUAUGGAGGAAUGUAAUGCGCUUUGUACACAAAUUGCAAUUAUGACAAAUGGUGUAUUCCGAUGUUUUGGCAGCACACAGUACAUCAAAUCAAAAUACGGUAGCGGAUAUAGCUUGGCAAUACGAUUAUCCACAAGUAGUCAGAUUGAACCUACAAAAGAGUUAAUAAAAGAAAUGUUUCCUGAUGCUCGACUAAUGGAUGAGCAUAUAUUGCAUCUAAAUUACGAAUUAUCAGUACAGAAAGAGCGAACAUGGUCAACGCUUUUCGAAAAUCUCGGAAAAUUGGCAGAAUCGGUGAAUGCGACGGACUAUUCGAUCAGUCAAACAACUCUUAAUCAGGUAAAUCAUUGA